AUGAGCCCCGUUCAGAAUUUCGAGCAACACUCUCGGCACUUGAUCGAACCAGAUAUCUCAAUUCAAACUAGACUGCAAAUGGCUAUGGAGGUACGGGACAGUUUGGAGAUAUGCCACACGGGAGAGUAUUUGAACUUCUUGAAGUGCUAUUUUCGUGCAUUUUCAGCUAUUUUACACCACAUUACCAAGCCCCAGUUUGCUGAUAAUCCCGAGCACAAGCUGCGCAAUAUUAUAAUUGAAAUUCUUAACCGCCUACCACACAGUGAAGUUCUUAGGCCUUUCGUCCAGGAGCUUCUCAAAGUAGCGAUGCACGUACUCACUACAGACAAUGAGGAAAACGGACUAAUCUGCAUUAGGAUUAUUUUUGACUUGCUGAGGAACUUCAGGCCUAGUUUAGAGACUGAAGUCCAGCCAUUUCUGGAUUUUGUCUGCAAAAUUUACCAGAAUUUUAGGGCAACUGCUAGUUACUUCUUUGAGAGUGGGGCCAUGAUGGCACCACCACCAGCCCUACCGUCCACCUCUGGCUCCAUUGGGUCAUCAUUGAGUGGUGAUGAUGUGAAGCCUACUGAAAUUUCUGAUCAAGUGGGUCCGUCGGGUAGCUAUGCCGGGCCUACUGGACAGCUCAAUCCCAGUACAAGGUCAUUUAAAGUUGUUACAGAGAGUCCGCUCGUUGUUAUGUUUCUAUUUCAAUUGUAUGGGCGUCUCGUUCAGACUAAUAUCCCACACCUAUUGCCAUUGAUGGUGGCAGCAAUCUCAGUCCCAGGUCCAGAGAAGGUCCCACCCCAUCUAAAGGCUCAUUUUAUUGAGCUGAAGGGCGCACAAGUUAAGACGGUUUCUUUCUUAACUUACCUGCUGAAGAGCUUUACUGAUUACAUAAAACAACAUGAGGAAAGCAUAUGUAAAAGCAUUGUGAAUCUGCUUGUCACGUGCUCUGACUCGGUUUCAAUUCGGAAGGAACUAUUGGUAGCUCUGAAGCAUGUUCUUGGCACGGACUUCAAACGUGGUUUAUUUCCAUUGAUUGAUACACUUUUGGAUGAGAGGGUCCUUGUUGGCACUGGUCGUGCAUGCUUUGAGACAUUGAGGCCAUUGGCCUACAGUCUUCUGGCAGAGAUAGUCCACCAUGUCAGAGGAGAUCUUUCUUUGUCUCAGUUGUCACGAAUUAUUUACCUGUUCUCAAGCAAUAUGCACGACGCCUCAUUGUCCUUGAGCAUUCACACUACUUGUGCGCGUUUGAUGUUGAAUCUGGUGGAGCCAAUAUUUGAGAAAGGAGUAGAUCAGGUGUCAAUGGAUGAAGCAAGGAUUUUGCUGGGUCGUAUAUUGGAUGCUUUUGUUGGGAAGUUUAACACUUUCAAGCGCACUAUUCCUCAGCUGUUGGAAGAGGGUGAGGAGGGGAAGAGUCGGUCUACAUUGAGGUCAAAACUUGAAGUUCCAGUACAGGCAGUUCUUAACUUGCCAAUAUCUGUUGAGCAUUCCAAGGAAGUCAAUGAUUGCAAGCAUCUGAUAAAGACAUUAGUGUUGGGAAUGAAGACUAUUAUAUGGAGCAUAACACAUGCACACAUACCGCGGUCACAGGUUUCACCUUCCACGCAUGGGAACCCUCAGCAGGUGCUUGCAUCGACAUCAUCAGGUUCUUCCAUACCACAACCUUUCAAAGGGAUGAGAGAAGAUGAGGUUUGCAGAGCCUCGGGUGUUUUAAAGAGUGGUGUGCAUUGCUUAGCAUUGUUUAAGGAGAAAGAUGAAGAGAGAGAAAUGAUCCAUCUAUUUUCCAAUAUUUUGGCCAUCAUGGAGCCAAGGGACUUAAUGGACAUGUUCUCGUUGUGCAUGCCAGAGCUAUUUGAGUGCAUGAUUUUGAACAGCCAGCUCGUCCACAUCUUUUCUGCUCUUCUGCAUGCGCCCAAAGUUUUUCGUCCUUUUGCUGAUGUGCUGGUUAAUUUUCUUGUGAGCAGCAAACUUGACGUUCUUAAGCAUCCCGAUUCUCCUGCUGCAAAACUAGUUUUGCAUCUCUUCCGCUUUCUAUUCAGUGCAGUUGCAAAGGCUCCAUCAGAUUGUGAGCGCAUACUUCAACCACAUGUUUCUGUAAUCAUGGAAACAUGCAUGAAAACUGCGACAGAGGUUGAGAGACCAAUUGCUUAUUUGCAACUUCUUCGGACAAUGUUCCGUGCACUUGCAGGAGGUAAAUUUGAGCUUUUGUUUCGUGACCUGAUUCCUAUGCUGCAACCAUGUUUAAAUAUGUUGUUGGUUAUGCUUGAGGGGCCUACUGUUGAAGAUAUGCGAGAGCUUUUGUUGGAGCUCUGUUUAACUUUGCCUGCACGGUUAAGCUCUCUGUUGCCUCAUCUUCCUCGUCUAAUGAAGCCUCUUGUUAUGUGCCUCAAGGGAACUGAUGACCUCAUUAAUCUUGGUUUAAGAACACUUGAAUUUUGGAUUGAUAGCUUGAACCCUGACUUUCUAGAACCAAGUAUGGCAAACGUGAUGUCUGAGGUGAUUUUGGCAUUAUGGUCUCAUUUAAGACCUGCACCUUAUCCUUGGGGCGGAAAGUCAUUGCAACUUCUUGGGAAAUUAGGUGGUCGUAAUAGGCGUUUCCUUAAGGAUCCUCUUGCUCUUGAAUGCAAGGAAAAUCCGGAGCAUGGCCUUAGAUUGAUUCUUACCUUUGAGCCAUCUACCCCGUUUUUGGUUCCACUAGAUCGCUGUAUUAAUCUUGCUGUAGCUGCUGUCAUGCAGAAGAAUAGCUGCGUGGAUAUCUUCUAUCGGAAGCAAGCUCUUAAAUUUCUUCGUGUAUGCUUGUCAUCUCAGCUAAAUUUACCUGGGCUUGUUAAUGACGAAGGAUCAACAUCUAGGCAUCUGUCAACUUGUCUGGGUUCUUCAGUUGAUCCAUCCUGGAGAAGGUCUGAUACGUCUGAUCUAAAGGCUGACUUAGGUGUCAAGACAAAGACUCAACUUAUGGCUGAGAAAUCCGUGUUUAAGAUUCUAUUGAUGACAAUAAUUGCUGCAAGUGCAGAAUCUGAGUUAAAUGAACCCAAAGAUGAAUAUGUGGGCCAUGUAUGUCGCCACUUCGCUAUUAUUUUUCAUGUUGAGAGUCCAGCUGUGCAGGGCUCGAUUUCCUCCGCAUCAGUAGGUGGCCCCAUGCAUUCGUCAAACAUUACUGUGACUUCAAGGUUGAGGCUUAAUACUUCUUUGAAAGAGUUGGAUCCAUUGAUCUUUUUGGACGCGUUGGUAGAAGUACUGGCAGAUGAAAAUAGACUGCACGCCAAAGCUUCGUUGAGUGCAUUGAAUAUGUUUGCUGAGACACUUUUGUUCCUUGCUAACUCCAAAUACUCUGAUGUUAUGAUGUCAAGAGGAGGUCCUAGCACUCCUAUGAUUGUGUCAAGCCCCUCAAUGAGCCCUGUAUAUUCACCUCCUCCAAGUGUUCGGGUUCCUUGUUUUGAACAACUUUUGCCCCGACUUCUACAUUGCUGUUAUGGAUCUACCUGGCAAGCACAGAUGGGAGGUGUUAUGGGGCUUGGUGCAUUGGUUGGAAAAAUCACUGUUGAAGUUUUAUGUCUCUUUCAAGUACGCAUAGUUCGGGGUCUGGUCUAUGUUCUUAAAAGACUCCCUGCAUAUGCAACUAAAGAACAGGAAGAGACAAGUCAAGUGCUUACUCAAGUUCUACGAGUGGUGAAUAACGUUGAUGAAGCAAACAGCGAAGCUCGUCGGCAGAGUUUUCAAGCCGUUGUUGAAUUUUUGGCUUCAGAAUUAUUUAAUGCUAACUCUUCUAUAAAUGUGAGAAAAGUUGUGCAGUCUUCUUUAGCACUUUUGGCAAGUAGGACUGGGAGUGAGGUUUCUGAAUUACUUGAACCUUUGCACCUGCCUUUGCUGCAGCCUCUUAUCAUACGGCCACUGCGUUCUAAGACUGUGGAUCAACAGGUUGGCACCGUUACUUCUCUGAAUUUCUGCCUCGCUCUCAGGCCUCCGCUUCUUAAGUUAACACCAGAACUCAUUAAUUUUUUGCAAGAAGCUUUGCAAAUAGCUGAGGCCGAUGAAUCAGUGUGGGUUGUGAAAUUUAUGAAUCCAAAAGCGGCCGCAUCUCUGAACAAACUCAGAACUGCUUGCAUUGAACUCUUGUGCACUGCCAUGGCAUGGGCAGACUUUAAAACUCAAAAUCACUCCGACUUGCGAGCAAAAAUAAUUUCCAUGUUCUUCAAGUCUUUGACAAGCAGAAGUCUCGAAAUUGUAGCUGUUGCCAAGGAAGGGCUACGCCAGGUUAUUUUACAACAAAGGAUGCCAAAAGAACUUCUACAGAACAGCUUGAGGCCUAUAUUAGUUAAUUUGGCGCACACCAAAAAUCUCAGCAUGCCUCUUUUGCAAGGUCUUGCUCGCCUGCUUGAACUUCUAUCCAAUUGGUUCAAUGUUACCUUAGGUGGUAAGUUGUUGGAGCAUCUCAAGAAAUGGCUGGAGCCAGACAAACUUGCACUGUGCCAGAAGUCUUGGAAGGCUGGUGAAGAACCCAAAAUAGCUGCUGCUAUUAUCGAGCUCUUCCACCUGCUUCCUUCUGCGGCUGGGAAGUUUCUUGAUGAUCUUGUAACUUUAACUAUUGAUUUGGAAGCUGCUCUUCCACCUGGUCAAUUUUAUAGUGAGAUCAACAGUCCAUAUCGCUUGCCGCUUACUAAGUUUCUAAAUCGAUAUCCUACAGCUGCUGUUGAUUAUUUUCUUACUCGAUUAUGUCAACCUAAGUAUUUCAGGAGGUUUAUGUAUAUAAUACGAUCAGAUGCUGGUCAACCGUUGAGAGAGGAACUUGCAAAGUCCCCAGAAAAGAUAAUAGCUAGUGCGUUUCCGAAUUUUUUGCAAAAAUCUGAGGUGUUUCAGGGAACUUCCACCGCACCACUAGCUUCUUUGAUUGGUGAUGAAAGUCUUGUUACACCAAAAUCUGAAGAAUCAGCUCAAUUAGUUACCACCUCUGGUGCAACAUCAGAUGCGUAUUUUCAGGGUCUUGCUCUGGUUAAAACCCUCGUUAAGUUGAUGCCAUGCUGGUUGCAAAGCAACCGUGUUGUGUUUGAUACAUUGGUGCUGUUGUGGAAGUCCCCAGCUCGAAUAUCUCGUUUACAAAAUGAGCAGGAAUUGAACUUAAUGCAGGUAAAAGAAAGCAAGUGGUUAGUAAAGUGUUUCCUGAACUACUUGCGUCAUGACAAAAUGGAGGUUAAUGUAUUGUUUGAUAUUCUCGCCAUAUUUCUGUACCGGACUCGCAUAGACUUUACUUUCUUAAAGGAGUUCUACAUCAUUGAGGUUGCUGAGGGUUAUCCACCCAACUUGAAGAAAACACUGUUGCUUCAUUUUCUGAACCUUUUUCAGUUGAAACAAUUAAGCCAUGAGCAUAUGGUUAUUGUAAUGCAAAUGCUCAUUCUUCCGAUGUUAGCUCAUGCUUUGCAAAAUGGUCAAACUUGGGAAGUCAUUGAUGCAGCCACAAUCAAGACUAUAGUUGACAAAUUACUUGAUCCCCCGGAAGAGAUAUCUGCGGAUUAUGAUGAGGCCCUGAGGAUUGAGCUUCUGCAGCUUGCCACUCUGCUUCUCAAACAUCUUCAGAGUGACCUUGUUCAUCAUCGGAAGGAACUUAUUAAAUUUGGUUGGAAUCAUCUAAAGCGUGAAGAUAGUGCUAGUAAGCAGUGGGCAUUUGUGAAUGUCUGCCACUUUUUGGAGGCGUACCAAGCUCCAGAGAAAAUCAUAUUACAGGUGUUUGUUGCACUUCUGAGGACUUGCCAGCCAGAGAAUAAAAUGUUGGUGAAACAAGCCCUUGACAUACUUAUGCCGGCACUGCCACGAAGAUUGCCACUUGGUGAUUCACGGAUGCCUAUAUGGAUACGUUAUACUAAGAAAAUUUUAGUCGAAGAAGGUCACUCCAUCCCUAAUCUUAUUCAUAUUUUCCAGCUAAUUGUCCGCCAUUCAGAUCUAUUUUACAGCUGUAGGGCACAAUUUGUCCCUCAAAUGGUAAAUUCUCUUAGUCGCCUUGGGCUGCCGUAUAACACUACACCAGAAAAUAGGCGCCUUGCUAUUGAACUUGCUGGAUUGGUUGUUAACUGGGAAAAACAAAGGCAAAGUGACCUGAAGAAAGGUGCAAGUAGUGAUGGCACCUGUCAGGUUACUGAUGGAUCAAAUUUUACUUCUGUAGUGGAUCCUAAGCUUUCUGUUGAUGGAUCUUCAUUUUCUGAUGAUCCAACAAAGAGAAUAAAGGUUGAACCUGGUUUGCAAUCUUUGUGUGUCAUGUCCCCUGGAGGUGCCUCUUCAAUUUCUAGCAUUGAAACUCCUGGAUCUGCUGGACCACCUGAUGAGGAGUUCAAGCCUAAUGCUGCUAUGGAAGAAAUGAUCAUUAAUUUUCUUAUACGAGUUGCUCUAGUUAUAGAACCUAAAGAUAAGGAGGCAAGUCUCAUGUACAAGCAAGCUCUGGAACUUCUAUCGCAAGCUUUGGAAGUGUGGUCCAGUGCUAAUGUCAAAUUCAAUUAUUUGGAGAAGCUGCUAAGCAGUACUCCAUCAUCUCAAUCGAAGGACCCAUCUACUGCUUUAUCCCAGGGUUUAGAUGUAAUGAAUAAGGUUUUGGAAAAGCAACCACAUUUGUUUGUAAGAAACAAUAUCAGCCAGAUAUCCCAGAUUCUGGAACCAUGCUUCAAGUUCAAAAUGCUUGAUGCUGGAAAUUCAUUAUGCUCCCUGUUGAAAAUGGUUUCUACUGCAUUUCCUCCUGAAGCAGUGAACACACCGCAAGAGGUUAAGAUGUUGUAUCAGAAAGUGGAGGAGCUAGUACAAAAACACCUUGCUGUGGUGGCAGGACCUCAAGCAUCCGGAGAAGAUAAUUCUUCUAGCAUGAUUAGUUUUGUGCUGUAUGUCAUUAAAUCUUUGGCGGAGGUACAUAAAAACCUCAUUGAACCAUUUAAUUUGGUUCGUGUCCUCCAGCGCCUUGCACGAGAUAUGGGAUUAUCUAGCAGCACUACUACAAGACAAAUCCAGAGAUCAGACCCAGACUCUGCAGUCACUUCUUCUCGCCAGGCUGCUGAUUUUGGGGUUGUCAUUGCCAAUUUAAAAUCAGUGUUGAAACUUAUCACAGGACGAGUGAUGAUCAUACCUGAUUGCAAAAGAUCUGUGAUUCAAAUUCUGAAUUCGUUGUUAUCUGAAAAGGGUACUGAUCCUUCUGUGCUGCUUUGCAUUCUUGAUUUAAUCAAGGGUUGGGUAGAAGACGAUUUUGGUAAACCUGGAACACCUGUUGCACCUAGUACUUUUAUCACUUUGAAGGAAGUGGUUUCAUUUCUCCAGAAGCUUUCACAAGUGGAUAAGCAGAACUUUUCUCUUAGCGCUGCAGAAGAAUGGGACCAGAAGUAUCUUGAGCUUCUUUAUGGACUUUGUGCUGACACAAAUAAGUACCCUCUUUCUCUACGUCAAGAAGUGUUUCUGAAAGUGGAGAGACAUUAUUUGCUGGGCUUACGUGCAAAAGAUCCUGAAAUGAGGAGGAAGUUUUUUGCUCUUUAUCAUGAGUCUCUUGGAAAAACAUUGUUUACUAGGCUGCAGUAUAUUAUUCAAACUCAGGAUUGGGAGGCUUUAAGUGAUGUCUUUUGGCUAAAGCAAGGGCUUGAUCUCCUUUUGGCUAUAUUAGUUGAGGACAAACCCAUAACACUGGCUCCAAACUCAGCAAAGAUCUCAUCGGUUUUGGUGUCAAAUGCUAUUCCUGAUAGUACAGGACCGCAGCCAAUGGCUACUGAUGUUCCGGAAGGCUCAGAGGAAGCUCCUUUAACACUUGAUACCCUUGUCUUUAAGCAUGCCCAUUUUCUUAAUGAAAUGAGCAAACUUAAGGUUGCUGAUCUUAUUAUCCCACUAAGAGAACUUGCCCAUACAGAUGCAAAUGUUGCAUAUCAUUUGUGGGUUUUGGUGUUUCCCAUUGUUUGGGUGACCUUGCAUAAGGAAGAGCAGGUGGCACUCGCUAAGCCCAUGAUAGCUCUCUUGUCACAAGAUUAUCACAAGAAGCAGCAAGCACAUCGCCCAAAUGUUGUGCAGGCGCUUUUAGAGGGGCUUCAAUUAAGUCAUCCACAACCACGGAUGCCCAGUGAACUAAUCAAAUACAUAGGAAAGACAUAUAAUGCGUGGCACAUUGCGCUAGGACUGCUUGAAAGUCAUGUAAUGUUGUUUUUGAAUGACACGAAGUGUUCAGAGUCUCUGGCUGAGCUGUAUCGUUUGCUCAAUGAGGAAGAUAUGAGGUGUGGUUUGUGGAUAAAACGGUCAAUUACUGCAGAAACUAGGUCUGGUCUUUCACUUGUUCAACAUGGUUAUUGGCAAAGGGCACAAAGCCUUUUCUACCAAGCCAUGGUGAAGGCAACCCAGGGCACUUACAAUAAUACUGUACCGAAAGCAGAGAUGUGCCUUUGGGAGGAGCAGUGGCUCCAUUGUGCUACUCAACUUAGUCAAUGGGAUGCUCUGUCUGAAUUUGGAAAACUUAUUGAAAAUUAUGAAAUACUACUUGAUAGUCUCUGGAAACAGCCGGAUUGGGUGUAUUUGAAAGAUCAAGUUAUACCGAAGGCUCAAUUAGAAGAAACCCCAAAACUUCGUAUUAUUCAGGCAUAUUUUGCGCUUCAUGAGAAGAAUACCAAUGGGGUUCCGGAGGCUGAAAACAUAGUGGGGAAAGGUGUUGAACUUGCUUUGGAACAGUGGUGGCAAUUGCCUGAAAUGUCCAUACAUGCCAGAAUACCUCUUCUGCAGCAAUUUCAGCAAUUAGUCGAAGUCCAAGAAUCUGCUAGAAUUAUUGUGGAUAUUGCAAAUGGGAGCAAACUUUCUGGUAAUUCUGUUGGUGUGCAUGGUGGCUUAUAUGCAGAUCUCAAGGAUAUUCUUGAGACUUGGAGAUUGAGAACACCGAAUGAAUGGGAUAGCAUGUCUGUUUGGUAUGAUUUGCUACAGUGGAGGAAUGAAAUGUACAAUGCAGUUAUAGAUGCAUUCAAGGAUUUUGCGAACACAAAUUCACAGCUGCAUCAUCUGGGUUACCGAGACAAGGCAUGGAAUGUCAAUAAGCUUGCCCACAUUGCUCGUAAGCAUGGCUUAUAUGACGUUUGUGUUUCUAUUCUGGAAAAGAUGUAUGGUCACUCCACAAUGGAAGUUCAGGAGGCAUUUGUCAAAAUAAGAGAACAAGCAAAAGCAUACUUGGAGAUGAAGGGGGAGCUAACCAGUGGUCUUAAUUUGAUUAACAGUACUAAUCUGGAGUAUUUUCCUGUUAAGCACAAGGCUGAGAUUUAUCGCCUGAAGGGUGAUUUUCUGCUGAAGCUAAGUGACUGUGAAGGCGCAAACCUUGCAUAUUCGAAUGCGAUCACCCUCUUCAAGAACUUGCCUAAAGGUUGGAUCAGUUGGGGAACUUAUUGUGACAUGGCCUACAGGGAAACUCAUGAAGAGGUUUGGUUAGAAUAUGCAGUAAGCUGCUUCCUUCAGGGCAUCAAAUUUGGAAUUCCAAACUCGAGAAGCCACCUAGCCCGAGUUCUAUAUCUUCUCAGCUUCGAUACUCCCAAUGAACCUGUGGGUAGGGCAUUUGAUAAGUACUUGGACCAAAUACCUCACUGGGUCUGGCUGUCUUGGAUCCCCCAGCUACUGUUAUCCUUACAAAGGACUGAAGCUCCUCAUUGCAAACUUGUUUUGCUUAAAGUUGCAACAGUGUAUCCUCAGGCAUUGUAUUACUGGCUUCGAACUUAUCUUCUAGAACGGCGUGAUGUUGCGAAUAAGUCUGAGUUUGGUAGAAUGGCAAUGGCCCAGCAAAGAAUGCAGCAAAAUGUCUCGGGUGCUGGGGCAGCUGUCUCUAUGGGCUUGACCGAUGGAAGUGCGAGGGGGGCUAGUCAGGGUGGGUCCACAUUGGUCUCGGAAAAUCAACUUCAUCACGGUAUUCAAUCUGCCGGAGGUCUUGGGUCCCACGAUGGGAGUGUCUCUCAGGGGCAGGAAACUGAAAGGCCGGGUGCUGCUGAAAGUAGCAUGCCUUCUGGAAGUGACCAACAAUUGCAUCAAAGUUCAUCCAACAAUGAGGGAGGUCAGAAUGCAGUGCGCCGAAACAGUGACAUGGGAAUGGUAGUCUCAGCUGCCAGCGCUUUUGAAGCCGCAAAAGACAUAAUGGAAACUCUUAGGAGCAAACACACUAAUCUGGCUAGUGAACUUGAGAUUCUUCUCACAGAAAUUGGCUCGAGAUUUGUCACUUUGCCUGAGGAGAGAUUGCUAGCUGUAGUAAACGCCCUGCUUCAUCGUUGUUAUAAGUACCCAACAGCAACUACAGCGGAAGUUCCCCAGUCUCUCAAGAAAGAGCUCUCGGGGGUUUGCAGAGCUUGCUUCUCGGCAGAUGCCGUGAACAAGCAUGUUGAAUUUGUGAGGGAGUACAAGCAGGAAUUUGAGCGCGACCUUGAUCCAGAAAGCAAUGCAACUUUUCCAGUUACCCUUGCAGAUCUAACUGCAAGGUUGAAGCACUGGAAGAAUAUUCUCCAGAGCAAUGUUGAGGAUCGUUUUCCAGCUGUUUUGAAGUUGGAGGAUGAGAGCAGGGUAUUACGGGACUUCCAUGUUGUUGAUGUGGAGGUUCCUGGGCAAUAUUUUACCGAUCAGGAAGUCGCACCGGAUCAUACAAUUAAGUUGGAUAGGGUAGGAGCUGAUAUCCCUAUUGUGAGAAGGCAUGGUAGCAGUUUCCGCCGUUUGACUCUGAUGGGAUCUGAUGGCUCUCAGCGUCAUUUUAUAGUUCAGACAUCAUUGACUCCAAAUGCUAGAAGUGAUGAAAGAAUGUUGCAACUCUUUCGUAUAAUGAACUGGAUGUUUGAUAAGCACAAGGAAUCCAGGCGUCGUCACAUUUGCAUCCACACCCCGAUUAUUAUUCCUGUAUGGUCUCAGGUCCGUAUGGUUGAAGAUGAUCUCAUGUACAGCACCUUCCUGGAGGUAUAUGAGAACCACUGUGCAAGAAAUGACCGAGAAGCAGACCUGCCGAUUACUUACUUCAAAGAGCAACUGAACCAGGCCAUUUGCGGUCAGAUAUCUCCCGAGGCUGUGGUGGAUCUUCGCUUGCAGGCAUACAAUGAUAUCACGAAAAACAUUGUGACAGAGAGCAUUUUCUCACAGUUCAUGUACAAGACCUUGUUGAACGGAAACCACACAUGGGCCUUCAAGAAGCAAUUCGCCGUCCAGCUGGCGCUCUCUAGCUUCAUGUCCUUCAUGCUGCAAAUUGGGGGAAGGUCCCCCAACAAGAUCCUGUUCGCCAAGAACACAGGAAGAAUAUUCCAGACUGACUUCCAUCCCACUUACGAUUCGAAUGGGAUGAUUGAGUUUAAUGAGCCCGUGCCUUUCCGGCUGACGAGGAACCUACAGGCAUUUUUCUCUCACUUUGGUGUGGAGGGUCUGAUUGUCUCGGCAAUGUGUGCAGCCGCACAGGCUGUGGUUGCACCCAAGCAAAGUCAUCAUCUGUGGCAUCAUCUGGCCAUGUUCUUUCGUGAUGAGCUAAUAUCUUGGUCAUGGAGAAGGCCACCCGGGAUGCCUCUGGCCCCCAUAGGAGGCUGUAUUUUGAACAAUGCGGACCUCAAACAGAAAGUGAACACAAAUGUCGAGCAAGUCAUUGGCCGCAUCAGUGGGAUAGCUCCACAGUACAUUUCUGAAGAGGAGGAAAAUGGUGUGGACCCACCACAGUCGGUGCAGAAGGGUGUUGCGGAGCUGGUGGAGGCUGCUCUCACCCCCAGAAACUUGUGCAUGAUGGAUCCUACGUGGCACCCUUGUGCCGGGCUGGCGUAUUCCUCGUCACAUACUGGGUCAACAACCGCACCUCAACCGCCGAAUUCGUACUCCAAAACCUUCAAGUCUGGGCUAACCCAACGCCGACCUCAACCUGGGACUGACGACAAGUCGUGGGACAGACCUCGGUCGUCGGGGCCGACCUCGCGAGCCAAGCGCCGGUCUCAGUCCGGGACCCACAUCGAGCCGUCGAACAGCCGACCCAAACAUCGUGUCGUCGGGGCUGACCUCGCAACAGGACCGACAUCAAGCUGCCAAGCUAAUUUCACAUUCUCUCCGCCUCCGGGCAACAAAGACAGCACAGAAUCUUACCUCGCCGCCUCACGGCUGCCCGAAAUUGUCCAACGCCAACCUCGAAUUUCAGGCCGGUACCCCACCACAAACCGACCACUAGUCAACACCGACGUCACCGCCGAGCUUCACAACUCCGUUCGGCGCCCGACCACAACUCGUGCCCGACCUAACUUCAGGUCGGCACCGCAGCACAAACAUGAAACGUCGGGCCAACACCACAGCCGCGCCGCUGACCUCGCGGAUGCCGAACCGCCUAGCCUCCGGUACCGCCCUCAAACCCGGACGCCGAUCUCCCGUUGCCGUCCUCAGAUCCCGACGUCGGACCAACGCAGAGAUGGGAAUUAA